AAAUAGUUAUCUUAUCACCAAAAAAAAUUUUCAUAUCAAUGGCGGCUUAUGCAGCUCUGGUUUCUCUUAUGCAGAUUUUGGAUCAGAUCGAGCAUCAUCCUUCGCCUCCGAUUUCUAUGGACAAGAAACAAGUUGAAUCUCUCACUGAAAUUGUUAUGUUUUUGCAGGAAUUUCUCGAAGGUUACAAGUCUCCUUAUGCUGAUGGCGAUGAAGCAGAUCCGUUGGAGAUGCGCAUUGCUGAUGCGGUUUAUGCGGCUGAAGAUGUCAUCGAAUCUCACAUUGUGGAUCGAAUUCGUCCACCUGUCUUAGUCUUGUACGAGGCUUUGAGGGACGUGAUAGAAGACAUGGAUUCGGUCGUUGCAGGCAAUGAAGGUAUGCUGCUGAGACAAGUCUCACAUAUCUGGAUAUCUGAAGAAGACUUGUAUGAGAUUAUGCAGAAUAUGAGACGAGGCAUUCAACUGAUAGAAAAAAGGGUGAAAAAACACAUGGAUCUGAUCUUCACUCUCAAAUAUCAUCUGCAGAGACAAGUCUCAGAUUCUGCAGACUUGUAUAAGAUUGUGAUGAAAGUGAUACAACACAUGGAUUUCAUCAAGAAUGAAGUGAUGGAGAUUUUUGCAUUCAAAGAUCAACUGCAGAGACAAGUCUUGGCAUAUGCUGAUGAAAAAACGUAUGAAGUUUAUCACAAGACUGCCGUGGUGGAUUUCAUAGAAGACGUGGAUUUGCUUAAGAAUGAAGUGAUGGAGAUUUUUGCAUUCAAAGAUCAGUUGCCGAAACAAGUCUUGCCAUCUGCUAAUUCCUCCAUAUAUGCAAACAUGGAUUUGGAUUUGAUCAAGAAACACAUGAUGGAGAUCAUUGCAAUCAAAGAUCAGCUAGAGAUACAAGUCUCAGCCUCUUCUGAUUCCUCAACAUAUGCAAACUUUCAUGAGAGUUUGCAGAAGGUGAUACAAGGCAUGGAUUUAAUCAAGAAAGAUGUGAUGAAGGUCGUUGCACUCAAAGAUCAUACGCAAGUCUAUGGAGGUUCCUCAACAUCUUCUUUCUCUAGGCUGAACAACACAACCAUGGUGGGGUUUGAUGAUGUCAUGAUUCAACUCAUGGAGAAGCUCGUUUAUGGAGAACAGAGUCGCCAAGUCAUCCCAAUUGUUGGGAUGGGAGGAAUUGGUAAGACCACUCUUGCCGAAUAUGUUUAUGCACAUCCAUCUAUAGGUGACCAUUUUGAUAUCUGUGCUUGGGUUACCAUUUCUCAACAAUUUAGCUUAAAAGAACUUCUUGGUGAAAUUCUUUCUCAAGCUAAUAAACAAAGGUUGAGUGAAAUGAGAGAAGAUGAAAUAGGACUAUCACUCCACAAAUGUUUAUCACAUAGAAGGUAUCUAAUAGUGUUGGAUGAUAUGUGGAGUAUUGAGGCAUGGGAAAAGAUGCAACUCUAUUUUCCUGACAAUGGUAAUGGUAGUCGGAUAAUGGUGACAACUAGGCUAUCAAAUUUGGGUUCCCAAUUGAAUAACAAUUAUAGCCUUGAAAUGGAAUUUAUGAAUGAAGAAAGUAGUUGGAACAUGUUCAGCAAAAUUGUGUUUGAGGGGGAAAGUUGUCCUUUAGAAUUGGAGAAAAUUGGAAAGAAGAUUGUGGAGAAUUGCAGAGGACUUCCAUUAUCAAUUGUUGUGGUGGGAGGUCUUUUGGAAAAACUGAAACCAACAAAAAAAUAUUGGGAAUCGAUUAGGAGAAGCGUAAAUUCACUAGUGAAUUCAGAGGAUGGUAUGCAUUGCUUGAAAAUACUGAAGUUGAGCUACAACCAUUUGCCAGUUUAUCUUAAGCCGUGCUUUCUAUAUCUCGGAAUGUUUGAGGAGGAUAGUAAGAUUCGAGUCUCAACACUCAUCAAGCUAUGGGUUUCUGAAGGAUUUGUGAAACCAGUAAAUGGCAAAAGUUUGGAAACAAUAGUUAAAGAGUACUUAGAUGAACUGGUUGCUAGAAAUCUAAUUCUUGUUCACGAGUUCGGGAGAACUGGAAGCAUGAAGUACUUGAAAAUCCAUGAUUUGUUGAGAGACCUUUGCUUGAGAGAAGCUGUAAAGGAGAGGUUUUAUCAUGUGGUCGGGCAACAUAAUCCUCUAGGCACAUCUAUCCAACGCCGUGUAGUUAUUCCGAGAAACACUUCAAAGAAGGAAGUCCUUGAUGCCAUGAGUUCUACACCACAUGUGCGUUCCUAUAUAAGUGAAUAUGAAAGAGUUCAAUUGUUGCCCAAUUUAAGAUUGUUGAGGACAUUGCGAGCAUACGACCAAUUUUCUCAUACAAAAGAACAUUCGUAUUCCCUGAGAGAAUUGUUCAAGUUGGUUAAUUUGAGGUAUCUUGCUGUUUUUCAUAAAGACGGUUCCCAACUUCCUUCUUCAAUCAAUCUCCUCUGGAGUCUUCAGACAUUAAUUCUUCAUUCACUAUCAAUCAAGAAUGCACUGGUUGAAAUUUGGAACAUGUCUCAACUUAGGCAUGUCGAUUUCUAUGUUGAUGAGUGGCUCAACGAUGGAGGAUUGCAUCUCCCAGAUCCUCCGAGUGACAAGAUUGUGAUCAUGGAGAAUCUACAAACCCUCAUAGGAGUAAGUAAUUUCAAGUGUGAUGAGAUGAUGGUUCGUAGCAUUCCCAAUAUAAAAAAAUUGGGACUAUCUUUCCCCAUACCUGAGGGAAUUGAGUCUGGUGAUGACUAUUGUCUCCACAACAUCGAACGUCUGCCAAAGCUUGAAUCUCUCAGCUGCAAAGGCGAAGGUAGGAGUGGUUUGUUGCAAAAGCUUACCUUUCCAGACUCUCUUAAGAGUCUGACUCUUGGGACGUAUAUAAAUAGAAUUGAAGACAUAUUGAAAAAGGCAAGUGCAUUACCCCUUCUUCAAAAGCUCAAGUUGAGGGGUGGAGAUUUCACAGCAGGCAAAUGGGAAACAGUGGAAGGCCAGUUCCCCAGUCUCAAAUAUUUGGAACUUAGCUUGUGCAGUGGCUUGAAAUGGUGGAUGACGGAGAGCUCUCACUUCCCAUGCCUCGAGCACAUUAGUCUUUCCUGGGUAUCUUUGAAGGAGUUCCCUGCAGAACUUGGUGAAAUUCCGACACUGAAAUCCGUGAGAAUGUGUCGUUGCAGUGGAGAAUCAGUGAUAAGUGCGAAGAGAAUGGUCGAGGAACAAGAGGAAUUACAAGGAGAAGAAGAAUUAUCUUUUAAAGUUUCCGUUAUCCUCAGCAGUACGACAACGUCGAGUUUCUGAAGACCUUAGCAAAUCGCAACUUUAAAUUGGAAUAGAGUGACUCGUGAGAUCCUUUGAUCUGUUUUUGCAUCAUAUACAAUAUGAAUUUUGUCUCGGGUCACGUUACCUUGGAUGAUAGGAGUAUAUCUGAGCAAUUCUUGUAGAUAACCACAACUUGUUUACAUGAAAUGUUUCCACCUUUUCUCCUUAAGUUUUCUGCGGCUUAA